UCAAAAGUUAUCAUUUUUUCGUUAACCAAUAAAUAUUUUUAGUUGAUCAAUAAAUUUUCUGCCGAACAAAAUAUGUAUAUGUGCGUGUGUGUGGAUCGAUUUUCAAGCACUCUCUCUCUCACUAUGCUUUAGGAGGAAAUGGGACCUCAGUGGCUGCUCAGGAUAACCCCUCCUGUCUUCUCUAUUACCUCUCUCAAAUCCAACCCUUCCUCACCCAAUUCCAACAACAAUCCUCCUCCACCCCGCAAGAUCAUCUGUCAGUGGAACAAGGUAGGACGUAUCCUUGCGAGAGACAACUUGGUCGAUUGUGCUCCAUUGAUUCAAACCUUAGGUAGAAAAAGGAUGUCUCACGUUGCUCAUCAGCUUUUACUUGAGAUGAAUUCCCAAGGUUUGAUACCCAACACUUGUACCCUUUCUGCUCUCAUGCUCUGUUAUGCAGAUAAUGGGCUUUUCCCCCAAGCUCUGGCAAUAUGGGAGGAAAUGCUAUAUACUACAUCUUUUAUGCCUGCUAUUCAAGUAGUUUCAAAAUUCAUGGAUGCUUGUGGGAAGAUGGGGCAUUUUCACCUAGUAAACAAAAUUCUGGAUCAGGUAAUUCUGCACAGGUUUAACUUGUUGCCCCAAGUGUACCCAGUGGCUAUCUCUUGCUUCGGAAAGCAUGGGCGGCUUGAUUUAAUGGAGAAUACAUUGAAGGAGAUGGUUUCAAAGGGUUUGCCUAUAGAUUCUGCCACUGGAAAUGCUUUUCUUAGACAUUGUAGCAUUUUGGGUUCCUUGACUGAGAUGGAGAAUGCUUAUGCUCGCCUUAAAAGGUCUAGACAUCUCAUAGAGGAAGAAGGAAUCAGAGCAAUGUCAUUAGCCUACAUCAAGGAGGGAAAGUUCUACAAGUUAGGUGCAUUUUUAAAUGGUGUGGGUCUUGGGAGGACAAAUUUAGGCAAUCUCUUAUGGAAUCUCUUGCUAUUAUCCUAUGCUGCCAAUUUCAAAAUGAAAACCAUGCAAAGACUCUUUCUGAAAAUGUUGGAUUCUGGUUUCCUUCCCGAUCUGACUACGUUCAAUAUAAGAGCUUUGGCCUUCUCAAGAAUGUCUAUGUUCUGGGAUCUCCAUCUCAGCCUUGAACACAUGAAACAUGAAGGCGUUGUUCCUGAUUUGGUGACUUAUGGUUGUGUUGUAGAUGCAUACUUGAAUAGAAGACUUGGAAGAAAUCUGGAUUUUGUUUUGAACAAUAUGAAUGCCGAUGAUUCUCCACUAGUGUUAACUGAUCCACUUGUGUUUGAGGCUUUGGGUAAAGGGGACUUCCAAUCAACUUCAGAGGCGUUUGUGGAGUUCAAGAGACAAAAGAAAUGGACCUACAGGCAGCUAAUUGCAGUUUAUCUCAAAAGGCAAUUCCGAAAGAACCAGGUCUUUUGGAAUUACUAAAUAGCAGUCUGCUAUUUGUAUACAGAUAUGGUUUCUCUGGUUGUUGGAAUAGCAUUUUGUUAUUUUCCAUUCUUAAAGCUUACCACCGUCGUAUUAGAGGGGAACUCUUUGGCUUGAAGCCUUGAACCUAAGGUGUCUCUCCUAGUUCUCAACGUCCCAUACCGGAUGAGCCAAGCUAAGUGGUACUGUAUACAUCUUCCUGUGCUAUUUGCUGCAUGAUACAGUGGAGGCUGAAAAGUAUGUUAUACAUGUUGGUAGCAUGAACCACUUUGAAAAUGAGCUGAACAUUGUGAAAGUGAUGGUAGGAAGAAAUGGGCUAGCAAUUAGGAUAAGUAUUUUUUUCUAAAUGGCCAUGGUGUUAAGAAAGAGAAAUGUGGGGAUAUGCAAUCAAUUAUAGGGAAAGCAUGACUGGCAUUUGGGAUGAACAACAACAUCAUUUUGAGGUGGCUCACAACUUGCAAGAAGGGAAGAGCAUGAUCUUGUAUCCUUCAGAUAUAGGGAUAGUAAGAUUAUCGAAACCUUUAUUUAGAGUUGCGUCAAAUCAUAAAGAUAUCCCUAAUAUGAUUCUAAACUUGAUCUUCAAUCAUUUUGAGCUUCUGUUCAUUUUUCAUUGUAAGUUCCAGGAGUGUCAGAUAUAUAUUGGUAUUAAAGUCUUCACAUCUUCGUUCAGUGGCUUUGUGUAUAUUGAAGCACAGCUUCCUAUAAGAUUCGUAUAGAAGUUGUACAGUUACAUUCUUAAUAAUGUUUGGUCUGGAGAAAUAAAUGAAGGGAAAAUUGAAAUAAAUGGAAUUCGGAUGCUCAGAAUUCUGAACUUCUAUUUUGAUGGCAACCUUCGGCUCCUUGUAUUGAAUUCUUGCUCUGUUUUGGCUAGUUCAACAUGACAAGUCUUUCU